AUGGCUCCCAGCGCUGGGUAUAGGGAAUUCUUCCCCAACGCUCCGCGCGCCGCCCGAGACAAGGCUAAUGAGCGGGAACGCGAGAGAUCCAACAAGAUAACAGAAUCUGCCGACAACCCCGCGAGGACUGCGCCUCCUGCUCUCCGCGAUGUGGCCAAGCACGACUCGUCGUUGUCUGAUAGUGUGCAUCCCCCGACUGAUGAUACCCAGUAUCCACAAGGAGAUAUCCUCAACGGGGUUGGAUCUGCGAGCUCUUAUGAGAGCACCUCCUCGUCCAUCUUCAGCGCCUCCAACAACCCGCCUGCUUUAAAUGCUCCGUCGCGCGCCUCCAACAACAGCGUCACUCCUGUCACCAAUGCUGGCUCUCCUCUAUAUCCUCCCAAUAUGCCGUCGGCGAAGCAGCAAACCUCCACUCCUCCCAAUACCGGAAAAGCUGAGACUACGAGUUCAACGACGGUGGCCAUGGCCUCGACUCUCCCUAGUGUCACUAAGCGCCUUCCGGCUCGCGAUCCCAACCGUACCAUAACGGGCGUGAAGUGUGUACACGAUCCGUCAACCGACAAGAAGUUGUCCUCGACCGAAAGGAAAACCAUCAAGCCCAAAUAUAAGAAUCUCGGUUCGGAAGAUGACGCUCCCCCUCCGGACCCGCGACUGGCGAAAGGCAGUUGGCUCGACUACAUCAAUGUCGAUUUCCAUCUCCCCAAGGCCAGGUUGCGCCAAACGCCCUACAACCUCAAACCGUACCCGUAUGAUGCCGCUACAUCUAUUGGGCCGGGGCCGCCCACUCAGAUUUUGGUCAGCGGGUUCAACCCAUUGAUUACCUUUUCCAAAGUCGCGACCCAAUUUGCUUCAUAUGGCGAUAUCGCGGAAAGUAGUAACAAAAUGCAUCCCGAUACUGGAAGCUACCUCGGGUUUGCGACCUUUCGGUUCCGGGACUCGAGACAACAGCGACGGCCGCCCGUAUCCGCCAUCGACGCCGCGAAGAGAGCCGUCAGAGCUAUGAACGGGCGCAGAAUCGAGGCAAAUCAAAUCAAGGUGGAGUUCGACCGCGGGGGGAAGAAAAGUAGAGCCAUGCUCGAGGCUGUCCUCGCAAAGGACCGAGAGGAGCGAGCACGUGCUAUAGCUACACCUCCAGUGCCUAUGGCGCCGAGACCACAGCCUGAAGGCAAUGCCAGCGGCGCAAGACUACAGGUGGAGGCCCCUGCGCCAGCAAGAACAGCGCUCGACGGCUUCAUAAGACCCCCUCCUACCGGUCCGAGAGGGCCUACCAUCGAGCGACCGCGACCGUCUAUAUCGGAAACGAGUUGGGCGCUCUCGAACAAACCCAAGCCUUAUCCCAUUAUGGCCAACACUGCGCUCAUUGCGAGCAACCUGAGGGGUGAGCCGUAUAUCUUCGUUCCCGAUUCAAGUGUGCCUGUGAUGAUUAGUACCAUCCCCCACAUGAAGAAGCGCCUCAAGUCACACUACUUCGACGACAUACGUACCGAUCGUACGGGGUACUACAUCAUAUUCCCCAACAGUUCUCGCGGUCGCGAGGAUGCAUCUCGCUGCUUUAGGUCUGUAGAUGGCAGUGCCUUCUUUACAUACACGAUGGCCAUGAAGCUCUACGCGGAGCCACCGACUGGGUCUACGCAUACCGCUAUUCUUCCAAAGCGAAUCGAGACAGAGAGGCCGUCUGGUCCAGACCUGCGCUUCAGGGAUACACUUCAAUACCGGCCUCGCGAUGAAAGACGUCGGGACGAAGAGGCCGUGCUAGAAGAGGAAAAGAAGCAACGUGCCCAUAAUUUCGAUCCUGUCAUCGAGGCCGUAGAAGUUGCCCGUCGGGAGAUGAUGGAACACUUGAUCAGGCAUAUCAGAACCAAGGUUGCCAUUCCCGCGCUGUUCGCCUUCCUGGAUCCUGCCAACCAUGCUGCCAAAAGACGCAGGUUGAACCUGGAGGGUCCCUCGGGUACUUCCAAACCUUUCAUUAGCAUCGAGGACCGUGAGGCCACGCCCAUUAGCACGCCCAACUCCCGUGCUGAUCCGAUCGAACGCCGUACUGGUCGUCUUGAUGUCGCAGCAUUACCUCGCAUCAGGAAAGCUAAGGGCCAAGCGGCGGCACAGCGAAAUCACGGCUUCAGUGAUCCAUUUGGCCGCAAGCGACCUACCGUGGUGCGCAAUGCCUUCCGCUCCCUCCAUCACCGCCUGCAACCUCCAGACCCGGACAGUGACGAGGAAGCAUCCGAAGAUGAAAGAGAAAACCGCGACUCCAUGGUGCGGGAUACUGAGGAGCCAGAGUCGAGGCCACGCAGCCGUAUGAGCACGGACGAGGAUGUCUUUGAGGAUGGUUUCGGUGACGAGGACUCCAUGACGGAGUCGAGCUUCGCGGUCAAUGAUGGCCCUAUCAAGUCGAAGAAGAGGAAGCUCGAUCUCAACGUCGAAGCUGCUAUCAAGCGACAGAAGAAGUCUGACGAGGAGCUUUUUGGAGUCACUAUUGAUACUCUCGAAAACGAGUUCACUAGCCCCACGGAAGACAUCGUUAUCCCCGGUGCUAGCAUUGGUGAUGAUAAGGUCACGGAACUCGCAGAUCUGCCCACGCCUACUGAGAAGGGCACCAAGGGCAAGAAAAAGCCGACUGCUGCCAAGCCUAAGAAAAAGACGAAGAAGCAGAUCUUUGAGGAGCGUGAGGCUAUGAAGAAGCAGCAGCAAGACGCAUACGUCGAGGAAGCACUAGAGCAGGCUGAGAAGAAAGGGUCGGUUGAGCCGCAAGAGCUGCUGAAGAAGCCCGUAGUUGUGGAAGAGGUUGAAGAACCUAUUGUCAAAGACGAUCGCUUUUCGGAUGCUGUGGUUCCAGCUAUGGAAAUGCCCAACGCUUUCAGCCUUGCCGUUCGGACUGUCCAAGAUCUGCAACUUCACUCAAAGGAUCGGCCGGAUACUGGCAAACUACGGAAGAAUUUUACUGUCGGCAACGUGGGUGAUCCCAAACUUUGGGUCUGGAGACAUGACCGCAUACGAGAGCUGAAUGCCGACGACCCGUCAACUACCAAGCCCCUUACCAUCGAAGGCUACUACGUGCCGAACUCGACUGGAAGUGCUCGCACUGAAGGUGUCCAGAAGAUUCUCAACUCGGAAAAGUCCAAGUACCUCCCUCAUCAUCUCAAGAUCCAGAAGGCCAGAGAGGAGCGACAACUCCGUGCCGCCAAGAAGGACGGCAAAGAUGCUGUUGUUGCUGCCGCUGCUGAAGCAGCUAAGCUUGCUGCUGAGAAACUUCUUGCGAAGGGCAACUCACGAGCAAACCGUGUCAACAAUCGCCGCUUUGUGGCUGACUUGAACGACCAGAAGAAGACUCUGGGCCAAGACUCGGAUGUUCUUCGAUUCAACCAGCUCAAGAAGCGGAAGAAGCCGGUCAAGUUUGCUCGUUCUGCAAUCCACAACUGGGGACUCUACGCCAUGGAGAACAUCAAUAAGGACGACAUGAUCAUCGAGUACGUGGGUGAGCAGGUCCGGCAACAGAUCUCGGAGAUCCGUGAGAACCGAUACUUGAAGAGCGGCAUAGGCAGUAGUUACCUGUUCCGGAUCGACGAUAACACCGUCGUAGAUGCAACCAAGAAGGGCGGCAUUGCUCGUUUUAUCAACCACAGCUGCAUGCCCAACUGCACUGCCAAGAUCAUCAAGGUCGAAGGCAGCAAGCGAAUCGUCAUCUAUGCCCUGCGAGAUAUCGCACAGAAUGAGGAGUUGACCUACGACUACAAAUUUGAGCGGGAAAUCGGCAGUUUGGAUCGCAUUCCAUGCCUCUGUGGGACUGCAGCCUGCAAAGGGUUCCUCAAUUAA